AUGGCGGACAAAGAUAUCUCGCAAUACAAGUACUCGGCGAUGUCCAACCUGGUUCUCCAGGCGGACCGUCGAUUCGUCAGCCGGAACGAUGAUGAGGCUACUGGAGACCCCGAAUCUAUUGCAGGUCGCAUUGGUAUUCGCGAAAUGGGAUCACGAGUGAGGAGACAGGAUGAUCAGAAACCAAAGAAAAAGGCUGGACCUGCAGAUCUCGAGCGAGGCUCAAUCCGAGAGGGUGAAGACGUUUUGGCCCGGGAACAAAAAAAGCACCAGCAGGGCGCGCCGGCGCAAUCACGAGGCCAAGAAUUUCUGUCCGCUGCAGAUGCCAAAAUCGAAGGCCUCACAUAUCGUCCACGAACCGCCGCCACAAGAGCCACCUAUGACCUUAUUCUUACGAUCACCAGAAGCCACCUUGGCGACGUAUCCCAUCAAGUUGUUCGAAGUGCUGCCGAUGCUGUGCUGGAAUAUCUCAAAGAUCAAGAAAUGAAAGAUUUCGAUAAGAAGAAAGAAAUCGAUGACCUUCUGGGAGACGUUAUGGAUCCUAAGGAGUUCAAUGAGCUUGUGAAUUUGGGAAAGAAAAUUACCGAUUACAAUGCCCAGGACGACGAUGAGGAUAUGGAUGGUGAUGCGGUUGAAGAUGAAGACGAAGGAAGUGUCGAUGGGCGUCCGGGCAUCGCUGUCGGCUUCGCACAGGAAGCAUUAGAUGAAGAUGAAGAUCUCGAGAAUGAAGUUAGCGACGAGGAGAGCGACGAGGACGAACAAGAGCAGCCAGCCGAGGAUCAACCUCAAGAUGAGGACGGCAUGGUGAUUGAUGAUGGUGUUGGCCAUAUAUCGAAGGCUGACUCACAACCUGAACUAAGUGUCCCCGCACAAGCUAUUGACGCUUACUGGUUACAACGUCAAAUCGGUGAAAUGUACCCAGAUGCUCACAGCCAGCAAGAGAAAACUCAAGAAGCUCUGGACAUACUCAGUGGACAAGAGGAAGAUGGGUCUGCCCGUCCUCUCCGUGACGUCGAGAACGAUCUGAUGGAGCUUUUUGACUAUGAGCAUGCUGAAUUAGUGUCAAAGCUGGUGACCAAUCGCGAUAAGAUCGUUUGGGUCACCCGCUGGAGGCAAGUCGCGGAAGACGAUGAUGCCCGUCUCCUUGUCGAGAACCAAAUGAUUGAGGCAGGACACCGUGCCAUCUUCGACGAACUUAAAGGCAAAUCAGCUCGCGAUGAACGUGCUUCUCGUCCUCAGAAAAAGUUCAAAAAAUUUGACCUGAUGGACCUCGAUAUCCCCUCUGCUGCUGCGCCAGAAGAUAAACCCCCCAAAGAAGUCGGCUUGGUUGGUGGCUUGCAACCAAAGAAAACUAUCAAUCUUGAAAAUCUCGUCUUCCACCAGGGUAACCAUCUCAUGACCAACCCAAAUGUCAAACUUCCGCAAGGGUCGACCAAACGAUCUUUCAAGGGCUACGAGGAAAUUCAUGUGCCCCCGCCAAAGAAAGCGUCUUCUUCUGAUAAGCUGAUUCCUAGUACUGAAUUGCCGGACUGGGCUCAGGUGGGCUGGGGAAAUUCGAAAGAGUUGAAUCGUAUUCAGACAAAGUGCUUCCCCUCCGCUUUCCAUCAGGAUGGGAACAUGCUCAUCUGUGCCCCUACGGGGUCUGGAAAGACAAACGUUGCUAUGCUCGCCAUCCUUCGAGAGAUCGGUAAGAAUCGCAACCCUGAAACAGGCGAAAUCAUGCUUGACGAUUUCAAAAUCAUUUUCAUCUCCCCAUUGAAGGCGCUGGUCCAGGAACAAGUCGGAAAUCUUGGCAAACGCCUAGCGCCCUAUGGCAUCCGUGUGUCAGAGCUGUCAGGUGAUAGAUCAAUGACGAAGCAGCAAAUUGCGGAAACCCAGGUCAUCGUUACCACCCCGGAGAAGUACGAUGUCAUUACUAGAAAGGCGUCUGAAACUAGUUACACCAACCUUGUCCGCUUGGUGGUUAUCGAUGAAAUCCAUCUUCUUCAUGAUGAUCGAGGCCCUGUUCUGGAAAGCAUUGUGAGCCGCACAAUCCGCCGCGUUGAGCAGACUGGCCAACCUGUUCGUAUCGUCGGAUUAUCGGCAACAUUGCCCAACUACACAGAUGUCGCGACCUUCCUUCGCGCUGAUCCUGACACUGGUGUGUUCCACUUCGAUGGUUCUUACCGUCCUUGCCCUCUCAAACAGGAAUUCAUCGGCGUGACCGACAAGAAGGCCAUCAAGCAACUGAAGACUAUGAACGACAUCUGCUACAAUAAGGUUUUGGAACAUGUCGGCCAGCGAAACAAUCAAAUGUUGAUCUUCGUUCAUUCUCGAAAGGAGACGGCCAAGACCGCAAAGUACAUUACGGACAAGGCUAUAGAAAACGAGACUAUCGGACAGAUCUUGAAGCAGGACUCUGCUAGUCGUACCUACCUGACUGAAAUGGCCGAAACUGUCGACGAUCCUUCGUUGAAGAGUUUGCUGCCGUAUGGAAUUGGUAUCCACCACGCCGGUCUGAGUCUUGGGGAUCGUGAUGUCGUUGCCGAGUGCUUCGAGGAUAAGAAACUCCAGGUUUUGGUCUGCACUGCGACUUUGGCGUGGGGCGUCAACCUUCCAGCUCACACCGUCAUCAUCAAAGGCACUCAGGUCUAUUCACCUGAGAAGGGUAGCUGGGUUGAAUUGAGUCCGCAAGACGUUCUUCAGAUGCUUGGACGUGCGGGUAGACCUCAGUUUGACACAUAUGGAGAGGGCAUCAUCAUUACUUCACAGGCUGAAAUUCAGUAUUAUCUUUCGCUUCUGAAUCAGCAAUUGCCGAUCGAGUCUCAGCUCGUCAGCAAACUUGCCGACAGCAUGAAUGCUGAAAUCGUUCUUGGGAAUAUCAGGAACCGUGAUGAUGGUGUGGAGUGGCUGGGAUACACAUAUCUUUAUGUGCGCAUGCUGCGAUCGCCAGGCCUAGUUGAUCUCGUUCACUCCGCCGCCGUUGUUCUCGAGCGUGCCGGGCUGGUGAAGUACGAGAAGGAAACAGGGCGGCUACAAUCCACCGAGCUCGGCCGUAUUUCCUCCCACUAUUACAUUUCCCACAAUUCAAUGGCAACUUAUGCGCAGCAUCUGCAGCCCUCUAUUACCACCAUUGAACUGUUCCGCAUCUUUGCGCUCAGCGAUGAAUUCAAGUACAUUCCUGUUCGUCAAGAUGAGAAAUUGGAACUCGGCAAACUCCUUGGACGAGUGCCAGUACCUGUUAAGGAGACCAUUGACGAACCCCACGCCAAAAUCAAUGUCUUACUUCAGGCCUACAUCUCUAGACUCAAGCUGGAUGGGUUAGCUUUGAUGGCUGACAUGGUGUAUGUCACUCAAUCUGCUGGUCGAAUCAUUCGUGCGAUUUUCGAGAUCUGUCUAAAGAAGGGUUGGUCCUCUGUUGCCAAGGAUGCACUCGAUCUUUGCAAAAUGGCCGAGAGGCGUAUGUGGCCAACCAUGUCUCCUCUCCGCCAAUUCCCUCGUUGCCCUAGGGAUAUUCUUCAGAAGGCCGAGCGAAUCGAUGUUCCCUGGCAGAGUUAUUUUGAUCUCGAUCCCCCAAGAGCAGGAGAACUGUUGGAAAUCUUGUUCCAUGACCGCUUCUUGCUACGACGCGAAUUUGCCCAUGCUGAACAGGAACAUCUGGUCGAUUUCACUGUUCCCAUCACUGAGCCCAUUCCACCAAAUUAUUUCAUCUCGAUCCUGAGCGACCGCUGGAUGCACUCUGAGACCAAAAUUGCGGUUUCUUUCCAGCAAUUGAUUCUCCCCGAGCGAUUCCCUCCCCACACGCCUCUGCUCGAUAUGCAAAGUGCCCCUGUGAAGGCUUUGAAGAACGCGGAGUACCAGAAGCUCUAUCCCGAUUGGCAGGAAUUCAACAAGAUUCAAACUCAGGUCUUCAAGUCGGUGUACGACUCAGAUGAAAACGUCUUUGUAGGAGCUCCCACUGGAAGCGGCAAGACGGUUUGCGCCGAGUUAGCCUUACUUCGUCAUUGGUCUUCCGAAGACAGCGGCCGCGCUGUGUACAUUGCUCCCUUCCAGGAGCUGGUAGAUGAGCGUUAUGCUGAUUGGAACAAGCGGCUGAGCGCUCUCAAUGGAGGAAAGACUAUUGUUAAACUCAAUGGAGAGGCCAUUGCCGACCUCAAGCUUCUCGAAACGGCUGAUCUGGUUCUCGCUACCCCUAGUCAGUGGGAUGUUAUUUCACGCCAAUGGCGACGCAGGAAGAACGUGCAGACAGUCCGACUUUUCAUCGCAGAUGAAAUUCAUAUGGUUGGUGGCUUCGGUGGGUAUGUCUACGAAAUAGUCGUUUCUCGUAUGCGCCACAUUGCGCAGCAAACCGAAAAUGAGAUUCGGAUCUUGGGAUUGAGCGUUCCCCUCGCGAAUGCUCGCUCUGUUGGCGAGUGGAUCGGGGCUCACAAGCACACCAUCUUCAACUUCAGUCCUAACGCUCGCCCUCGGCCGUUGGAGCUGCAUAUUCAAAGUUUCUCGAUUCCUCAUUUCCCCUCACUGAUGCUCGCCAUGUCCCGACCUGUCUACCACUCAAUCCUGCAGCUGUCGCCAGAUAAGCCGGCCUUGGUCUUUGUACCAAGCCGCAAGCAGACACGAUCCACGGCUAUCGAUUUGCUGACAGCCUGUGGCAUCGACCAAGAUGAAGAUCGCUUCUUAGCUGCCGACCCGGAAGAGUUGGCCCCGCUUCUCAACCGUGUCCAAGAGCAGACGCUUGCUACCUCACUUUCGCACGGCAUUGGUUAUUACCAUGAAGCUCUAAGCCCCGCCGAUAAGCGCAUUGUUUUGCAUCUCUACAAAAUUGGCGCCAUUCAAGUUCUUCUGGCAUCCCGUGAAGUUUGCUGGGAACUGAACGUGACCGCUCACCUGGUCAUCGUGAUGAACACGCAAUUCUUUGAAGGCCGUGAACAUCGGUACAUUGACUAUCCAAUUAGCGAGGUUCUUCAGAUGUUCGGAAAGGCAUCUCGUCCGGGCGUAGACAAAGUUGGCCGAGGUGUCCUCAUGGUGCCUGCUGUCAAGAGGGACUACUACAAGAAGUUCCUGAGUGAAGCCUUGCCCGUGGAAAGUCACCUGCAAUCUUAUCUCCAUGAUGCUUUCGUCACGGAGACCAGUAUUAAGACCAUUGGCUCAACUCAGGAUGCAAUUGAUUGGCUCACGUACAGUUAUUUCUAUCAACGUCUGACGGUCAACCCCAGUUUCUACGGCCUCACCGACACAAGCAACGAUGAAGUGAACUCAUUCCUGUCAGAGCUGGUCGAGAACACCCUGAAUGAACUUUCUGAAGCUAAGAUCAUCGAUCAUGAUGAGGAGGAUGACACCGUCACUCCUCUGAACGCUGCUAUGAUCAGUGCCUACUACAACAUCUCCUACAUUACGAUGCAGACGUUUUUGCUCAGUUUGUCCUCGCGAACUAAACUUAAGGGAAUCCUGGAAAUUAUCACAUCUGCGACAGAGCUUGAGUCAAUUCAAAUCAGAAGACAUGAAGAGCACAUUCUUCGUCGUGUGUACGACCGUGUACCAGUCAAGAUGUCCGAGCCUGUUUUCGACUCGCCCCACUUCAAGGCAUUUGUCCUGCUCCAGGCGCACUUCUCGCGGAUGGAGCUUCCUUUGGAUCUUGCUAAGGAUCAAGUUGAUAUUGUCAGCAAGGUUUUGAACCUCCUCAGUGCUUGUGUUGAUGUUCUUUCGUCGGAGGGCCAUCUCAACGCUAUGAACGCCAUGGAGUUGUCGCAGAUGGUGGUUCAAGCUAUGUGGGACCGCGAUAGUCCUCUCAAGCAGAUCCCGCACUUUACCCCAGAAAUUAUCGAGGUGGCGAAGGAAUUCAAUAUUCAUGAUAUCUUUGAAUUCAUGGAAGCCAUGGACCCUGAUGAGAACAAAGAUCACGCCACCCUGGUAAAGCGCCUGGGGCUGGACAACAAGCAGCUGGCGCAAGCGGCAGAGUUCACCAACAACAAGUACCCCAACAUUGCGUUGGACUUUGAAGUUGAAGACCCAGAGAACAUCACUGCCGGCGAGCCCGCUUACCUGAAUGUCAAAAUCGAGCGCGAGGUCGAUGAGGAUGAAGAGCCCGAUACCACUGUGCAUGCGCCCUUCUAUCCUCAAGAGAAAAUGGAGAGCUGGUGGCUCGUGGUUGGUGACGAGAAAACCAAGAGCUUGCUUGCAAUCAAGCGUGUCACUGUCGAUCGCAAGCUUGAGCAGCGUUUGGAAUACGUGGUUCCUACACCUGGUGAUCAUGAGCUUACGCUGUAUCUUAUGUGUGACAGCUAUUCUGGCGUGGACCAGGCUCCUACCUUCAACGUAUCGGUUGCUGAAGGAAUGGAGGAAGAUGAGAGCGAAGAAGAAGAGUAG